AUGUUUCACAACAACGGUUUUGAGGGUGAUCCUACGAAAAGUGCUAAGAUCAUGUCGAGUGAACCAGUAGAAAAAACUCAAGCCAACAGUUUCAAGAAACUCCUGAAGAAUUUCGCCUCUGAUACAAGUUUUGGUGGAAUUUCAAAGGCGACUCUUUCCGAUGGACAUAUCCGACGUUUCAUCUGGUUUCUCAUUUCUGCAACUUGUUAUGGCUUUACCAUUUACAUGUGUUAUUUGUUGAUCAUGACGUAUUUGGAAAAACCCAUCAAAACAUCCGUGGAUAUUUCCUACGAAAAGGUUAGUCUUAAUUUUUCCUCUAGUUUGAACUUGGAAAAACCACGAAAAAGCUAAGCUAAACUAAACUAACUUUGUUUAUACUGGAUAGCUCUAUCAGUUCUAAACUAAAGGUCCAGUAAAGGAUAAUCUCCUAUUAAUCCAGUGUUACUACCGGAGGAAACCCAAACUAAAGUAACUUUAUUUAUGCUGGAUAGCUCUAUUAUUUCUUAACUGUUCUCCCUAGAGGUCCAGUGAGGAUAAUCUCCUAUUAAUCUAGUGUUACUAGCGGAGGAAAAGUUAGCUCUAUUAUUUUUGAACUGUUCUUCUUAGAGAUCCAGUAAGGAUUAUCUCCAACACCCAGAGUAGAGCUGGUGUUCCCGGAUACUGGUACCACCAAGAUAAUUCAUAUAUACAAUCAUGCUCUUUUGUUACAGAAUAUCGAUUUCCCAUCCGUGACAGUGUGUAAUCUCAACCAGUUUCGUUUGUCAAAGGUACAAAAUCUUACGAAGAUCGAAGCAAUUCUCAGAGACUUCUCGAAUAACAAAAGAAACAAGUCGGACGGGUCAAGUUUUGAAAACUCGGUUGAGGCACAAAGCAAGGCCUUUAAGGAAAAAUUUAAUAAUGAUAUCGAUGAUGAUGGCCAAAAUAUCGGUGAUGGUCAAAUCAGUGUUGAUGAGGGCAAGGUUAUAGAAGAAUUGGUUGCCAUAGCAGCUGCAGCUGUGGAUGAAGACGAAUUAAAGAAUGCUGGUCAUCAAUUUCAUGAUAUGCUUUUGUCCUGUUCCUGGAAAGGAUUCGAUUGCAAGUCUGGGUAAGUGUUUUAUUGUUACAGUAACUGUACAGUACAGUAAAUAUUCUUUACAAUAAGCUUGUUUUGUGUCUGAACUACCUAAAGAAGAUUUCUCAAACGGGCGGGGUGGUCCAGUUUAGGUAGCAUUCUACAAUAUGCUGUCGUGGUCUGUGUCUGAAUUACCUGAAAAAGAUAUCUCAAACGUGGUGGUCCAGUGUAGAUAGUAUUCUACAAUAAGCUGACGUGGUUUGUGUCUGAACUACCUGAAAAAUAUAUCUCAAACGUAGUGGUCCAGUGUAGGUAGUAUUCUACAAUAAGCUGUUGUGGUUUGUGUCUGAACUACCUGAUAACGAUAUCGAUAUCUCAAACGUGGUGGUCCAAUGUAGGUAGUAUUCUACAAUAAGCUGUUGUGGUUUGUGUCUGAACUACCUGAUAACGAUAUCUCAAACGUGGUGGUCCAAUGUAGGUACUAUUAGAGAGAUUAAGAUACCCCGGUUUCGGUGUACGGGUAUGAGUAGUGUCAUCUUGUUUUACUGAUGUCUGUUAUUCAAUCAUACUUUUUCUGUUUUCUUGCAAUAGACAAUGAUAUAAUGCGAAAAAUGUGCAUCUUAAUUACGAGUAAAGGUACAGACAUCGACGAAAAUAUUGCUAACCAAAAUCAUGCUACCCGUACACGUACACCGAAACCGGGCUAUCUUAACCUCUCUAUUCUAUAAUACGCUGCCGUGGUUUGUGUCUGAACUACCUGGAAAAAUAUCUACAUUGGACGCUCUCGAUAUUCAUACUUACAUACAAAUACUCUUCAGCUAUUUCACAAAAUUUUGGGUACAGUCUUGGAAUUGGAAAUUUGGGAAUUGUUUCACAUUCAACCCAGGAGCAGAUGAAGCGGGAGAUUCUCUCAGCGUGUUCCGCAUUAGCAAACCUGGACCGAACUAUGGUAAUUAUAAAAUGAAACUUACCUACUCAUUAUCCUGCUUAUCGAUGUUGAUCAUUCUGCGUCCCUUAAGUUCGUCCGUAUUUCAGUAUCUUCCUCAAUUUCAUGAAUAGUCCCUCCAAGUCUUCCUCUUUUUACCAUGUGAUGGUUCCCAAAGAAUCUACUGAUUUACUGCUUCUCAUUCAGGGGUCCAUUACAGAAGCGUAGCCAUGGAGAGGGGACAUCCCCCCACUUUUCGUCCGGGUCAAUUUUUUAGUUGUUUCAAAAUUGAGGAGAAGCUGCCAGAGGGGAGGAGAACCGCUUAAUGCUUUCAUUUAUGACAUAAAAUAUACAAAAUUUGUGGCCUUCAGAUAAUCAUAAGAAGUGUCUAAAAUGCAUGGAAUCGCGUUUUGCAGACCUUUCAGCCUGUUUUCAACUUCAACCGACAACCGUAUCGUAUCGUAACGUACCGUAGAAUUUUCUUUUGUGUUGAAGUCAUUAGUUCCACACUACCGCUCAGGAAACAAAGAAUACUCUAUGUUUCGGUACGAUACAAUUGAAGCGGAAAACUGGCGUAAGAAGUUGUUCAACAGCUAGAGGGUCCGCGGACCAUUUUUCUAAUCUUAAGCCCUUGUUCUUCAUUCUACUUGUAUGGGGCUGGUCUCCGGAUUCAACUAAGAAUAAUCAUUUACUCGACUGCCUUUUCUCCUUAGGUCUAUCUCUUGACAUCAACAUUGAGCAAAAUCAGUACGUACCACAGUUGACUGACGAGGCCGGAGCCAACAUUAUUAUUCACAAUGCAAGACAAAUGCCGUUUCCUUACGAUGAAGGAAUCACUGUUCCUCCUGGAUUUUCUUCCUCGAUUGCUAUAAGAAAGGCAGGAUUUACACAAAGCUAG